GUAACUGUUACUGUUCAACAGAUGCCGUUUGGAGGCGGUGUAACAAGUGUGGAGCCGGCUAGUUCUUGGCUCUUCAUCUUGGCCCAAACCAGAUAAGUGCGAAAUUCAUAAGCCACAGUGAUCUGGCGACUGAUUCAUGGGUUGAGCCAAUGGCGCGUGCUCAAAUUGCGUCCCUCUCGCCUAACUAUCGUCGCUCAGUGGAGUACUCCUCUUCUUUUCACGAACACCCUGGCUGGUCUCCGAUUGUCCCGCCUUUUUCGGGGGGCAGAGUGGCACAGCUGUUCAGCCCAGGCUUGGCAUUGCUUGAUGCCCCUGCCUCUGACCUCCGUUCGUCAUACCAGAGGGUUGCACCGCCCUUUGCUCGCUUGUCGGCGGGGCUUGACUGCAUGCUCCGUUUACGAUGCGGCUUAGUCAUGAGUCUCUUUGUCUUCAUUGGGCUUCGAGGGCGAGAUGAGCCGACGCCGGCGCGUGGGUGGACGAGCUGAAUAAAGCUGCGUGACAUUCCCCCUCCUCGCCACAGCCCUUUUCCUGUGGCUUUCUGUCUCGUCAUCAAAAGAGGUACUAUCGCUGUUGCUACUUCGUCG